ACUCAUUCCUUGGAAAGAAAAAACCAUGAAAGCCUUCAAGGUUUUGCAAUUGAUUUCAAUCAUAGCAACUGUGGCAGUUAUUUCAGUUACAGGGCAGAUCAGUACGCCAUGCACAACCUCAGUGAUCACUAGCUUCACACCAUGUCUGAAUUUCUUCACCGGAAGCACAGCCAAUGGGGGAACUACGCCAACUCAAAGUUGCUGCAAUUCCUUUAAGUCACUCAUGAGCACCAGCAUGGAUUGUGCCUGUCUCAUAAUCACAGCGAAUGUUCCUAUCCCGUUUAACCGGACCCUAUCAUUUAAUCUUCCCCGAGCUUGUAACAUGGGUGGUGUCCCUUUGCAGUGCGAGGCUUCUGGUUCUCCUCUUCCAGCUCCAGGUCCUGUUCCUUUUCUCCUUCCACCUCCAGCUACAUCUCCUUUAAGUCCUCAAGGUUCCAGAGCUGCAACAACAGCAGCUCCACCAGCAUCUGAAACACCGCUGGAUCUGUCACCCGCUGGAGCAGAGGCGCCCAAAACAAGUCCAGGGAUCAGGCCGGUGCUGACACCAAAUGCAUCAAAUUCAUCUUCUGUUUCACCUGUAACAGUGUUUGUAAUAUUAAUUGGAAUCAUAAUGUUCCGAUUAUGUUGAGUGAGUGCAUGAAUAUGUAAAUUCUUGUUUGUUUUGACUGAUCUAAAUAUUGGGCGUUGAAUGUCAUCCUUGAUCGAUAACUUGUAGCUCUUAUCCGAUCAAAUGCCAAAACAAAAGAAUUACGGGGUG